UCACCAAAUAAAUUUUGAGUAGGCGCAAGGCCUACACGAAUUCAGUUGUUUUUUCUUCUCCAGGUCUAUGGUUGUUUCAAAUGCACGAAGUGAAGAACUCAAGUUAUUUCUGUUAUGAGUUUAUUUUCGUCAUAAUUUUAUGUUCCUUGAUUAAUAGGGGCUCCGAUAUGAUCAAUGUGAACGUCAUCAUAACAAGGCGUUAUCCCCGGUCUCAUUUACCUUUGACUCGACGUUGGUGGCGCGAAAAACGGUGCAGGGUUCUCGUUCGUUGAAAUGCUGCUGAUAUCAUACCUAUCGCCCGCAUGAUACAAUGUAUGAUAAAUUCGACACACUUGUGUUACGGCGCAGUACAGUAGAGACGACCGAGUCCAUUUCAUAAUUAUGGACUUGCUGGUUAACUAAUACCCGGGACGGGGCCUUACAUGUCUUGUAUGUACAUGUAGCAAGCUAGCUGUGCCCACUAUUAUUCCAGUUUGUGGGUUCGUUGUGUUUUAUUUCUCCAUGGUUGGGCAUAGGCCUAACCGAGAAGAUACUGUUAAAGUGUGACACUGGUAGUUGAUGGGACUGUUUGGGUAGAGUUUUCCAAGACGUCUCCUGUUUCCCCCAGACUGCUCGCCGAAUAAAAUAGAUCCACCCGAUCGAAUAAAUUUACUUGUCAGUCGGAUCGGAGCACGUGGUAAACUGCGUGACUCCACGCUAUGCCUCCCACGAACAUGGCCACCGCCGGGAGCCUGCAAGCCACGGUCCUGCAGCACAUUAACCAGAAUGAUGUGAUGAUAUUCAGUAAAACAACCUGUCCAUUCUGUGAUAAGGUGAAGGCACUUUUCACCUCACUCAAAAUACCGUUUCAUGCUCUGGACCUCGAUCAACAAGACAAUGGUGCAGACAUCCAGAAGACACUACAGGACAUGACCGGCCAGCGGACGGUCCCCAACGUCUUCAUCAAAGGCAAGCAUCUAGGGGGCUGUGAUGACACGAUGAAGGCCAAUGCCGAGGGCCGACUGGCCCAGCUGAUGAACCCUGAUGCCGCGACUAACACCUACGACUAUGAUCUCAUUGUCAUCGGCGGUGGGUCAGGUGGCCUGGCAGCAGCCAAGGAAGCUGCCUCGUUUGGGAAGAAAGUGGCCGUGUGUGAUUUUGUGAAACCUUCCCCAAAAGGAACAACAUGGGGUUUGGGCGGGACAUGCGUGAAUGUUGGCUGUAUCCCAAAGAAACUAAUGCAUCAGGCAGCUCUGCUAGGUGAGGCUUUGAAGGAUGCAAAGAAGUAUGGAUGGGAGGUGUCCGAAUCUGCUAAACAUGAGUGGAAUCUGCUUGUAGAAGGGGUUCAGGACCACAUUGGGUCUUUGAACUGGGGCUACAAAGUGGCGUUGAGAGAUCAGAGUGUCACCUAUGUCAAUGCCUUUGCCGAGUUUGUUGACGAGCACACGAUAAAGACUGUCAACAGGAAAAACAAAGUGCAGAUGAUGCAGUCGGAACGCUUCCUGCUGGCAACCGGAAUGAGGCCUCGCUACCCAGACGUCCCAGGUCUCAAGGAAUAUGCCAUCACCAGUGAUGACCUGUUCUCCCUGCGUUACUGCCCGGGCAAGACGUUAUGCAUCGGGGCUUCCUAUGUGUCCCUGGAGUGCGCUGGGUUCCUGAACGGCAUGGGGCUGGACGUCACGGUCAUGGUUCGCUCCAUCCUGCUGCGAGGCUUUGACCAGGACAUGGCAGAGAAAGUGGGCGUGAGCAUGGAGAAGCACGGCAUUGAGUUCAUCAGACCGGCCAUUCCCAAGAAGAUUGAGAAAGUACAAGAUGGAGAACCGGGCCUGUAUAGAGUGACGUACACACCCACCCUGGGCGGAGAGGAGAAGGUCUUUGAAUGCAACACGGUCCUGGUGGCAGUUGGACGGGAUGCCUGCACAAACAACAUUGGCCUGGACAAAGUCGGCGUAUUGAUUAACCCAAAGAACGGGAAGAUCCCAGUGGUCAGCGAGCAGACGAACAUUCCUCACAUCUACGCAGUGGGUGACAUCAUUGAGGGUAACCUGGAGCUAACGCCGGUGGCCAUCCAAGCGGGCCGUCUGCUGGCGCGCAGGCUGUAUGGUGGGAGAACGGAACAGUGUGACUAUGUGAAUGUUGCCACGACUGUCUUCACCCCACUGGAGUACGGCAGCUGUGGACUGUCAGAGGAAGACGCCAUUGAGAAAUAUGGUGGAAGUAAUAUUGAGGUGUACCAUACUAUGUACCAGCCACUUGAGUAUACAGUUGCCCAUAGAGACAGCGACGGUUGCUAUGCAAAGAUAAUCUGCAAUACACUGGAUUCGGAGAAGGUUGUUGGCAUGCACAUCUUGGGGCCCAACGCGGGCGAGGUAAUGCAAGGCUACGCGGUCGCCAUCAAGUGCGGCGCCACCAAGGCACAGUUUGAUGCGACCAUCGGUAUCCAUCCCACCGUGUCGGAGGUGUUUACGACCUUGGAGACCACCAAGAGGUCAGGGGCUAACGUCCAAGCAACAGGCUGCUGAGGUUAGACCCUGCCAUCGCACACACCCACACAGUCGUCCACUUAGAGAGCCACCAGCCAUAAGUUUAUACCCAGUCGUGCCUAGUAUCAGCCCUUAAGCUCUCUGGAAGUUUCUGGUAGUACACCAAGUACCUCAAAUCUUGUAUGUCACAUCGCUCUUUAACCUAACAGGCCUUUAGUGAAUCACUGACUCUGUUUUCUUGUUUAUCCAUUUCUUCCAAAAUUGGUUUACUUCUUGUUUGAUUAUGUCUUCUUCAGAUGAAAAAAAAGUGCAGCUCCAACUUGUGUAUUAUGCUGAAACAUUGGCUGUUAUUUAAAAUUUAGCAGCUGGAACCACGUUUAACUUUUUCUUUUCUGCUUCACGGUUUGAAAGUAGAAAAGUCUGCCUCACUUUUAUGUUAACUGCACAAAAAAUUUUUUUCCUUACAUUUUUUUAGCUUAUGUGACUAAUACUUAGUUAUUUAGAAUGGUACUUUGUGCACGACUCAUUAAGGCUCUCUGUGAGGAAGACUAGUGCAUUGUGGGUGUCGAUGGUGGGGUUACCACAAGAGGAGUAGGAGGAGAUGUGGAGCAGAACGUUACAUCUGCCGCACUUGGUAGCGUGACACCGUGCAUGAUGAUGGCCUUUCCCUCAAACCCACUCUGUUGGGCGGGGACAGGCCUGAUGGGGCAUUGUCUUGUUCUGCCGUUAAACAGUAAAAAAUUCUGUCUGGAAAAAGAAAAAUUUCGUAAAAACCCAUGAAACACAACCGGUGAACAUGUCCCACUAGAUUUGGCUCGCCUUUCUUGAAACAACCCCUAGAGCCAAGACGAAGCAUAUUUGACCGGUUUCCGGCAUGAGGUUUUGCCACCUUUAGCUGGUGCUCAGUUUCAUGUUUGCUGAUCUAGCAGAUUUGUUCAGGUAAAUUUGUAUGGUUUCCUUGUUAGGACCAUACUGUGGAUGUUCUGAGUUUAUCACCCAUGUGGAUAAACUUGAAAUUCCAAAAGCUGUCAAAUUUAUCGGCAAGGUAUGCCGGCUUGUCAUUUUCUAGCACUUAAGUUUAAGUGUACAUAAUGUUUCCAGACAGAAUUUCUUAAUGUGUGAAAUGCCAAUUUUUUUCAUUGCUUUUCUAGAUUGCUUGAAAAUCUUUUUAUUCCUAAUUAUAAAUAGGAAUUUGAUUGCUGUAAAACAAGCACAUUCCCGUCAAAUAUUUCAUUUAACCAUUACCGGGGUAUUUCGCAGUCGGAAUAUUUCCAAAGACAAGUUUGGAAUUGAUUUCCGAUUUGUUUUCAGGAAAAAAAGAAUGAGAUUUUUUUCAGUCACUCUGUCCCCUGUGUAAUUUUACGUCAAAGUUAACAGGAUGUCAGCCUUUUUAUUUUUAUUUACCGUAUUAUAUUCAUACAAAUGUUGUAUACUUUAAUUUGUUUGAGAUGGUGAUGAAAAGAGGACAUCUUUUACAAAAUAAGAACAAUCCUUUGGGGACAUUUAACAAGAAUUAAGAUACAAUCUUUUGGUGGGGGAUCAAUCUCUUAUAACAAGAACAUACUCUUUACCCCUCUCUUUCUUUGCAAAUGGAGUGAAUGCUAUAAAAUUGUAUAUAAUGUGUUAAUCUAUUGAAAAGAAAACCAACCAAACUCUGAACAAGAUCGCACAAAUAGGGCAUUUUUACACAAAGAUGUCAAGGUAUAUUUGAUACCAAGUCACAGAUUUUGUGUUGGAGAUUAGAAGUGUUCUGAAGAGUUUCCCUGCUGAUGAAGUUGCUGUGGCUUAAUCUGGUCUUUUUACAAGAGUUUCCGUCAAGGCGUAUGUCAGUUUGUUCGCUAGCACUGCUCUCCGUUGGCUGCGAUGCAUUUGGAUGUCCAGCAUAUUUUUUCUUGUUAACCUGCUACAGAUCAUCAAUCUCUUAUAUUUGAAAGUUUCCUGUUGGCCUAUACAUCAUUAGAAAUUGACAAAUAUUGCACAAAGUUCUGUGCAGCUGUGUAUUUUUUUUUCUUUCUUUUUGGUUUCAUGCCAGCAUUUCUGAAACAGUUUUGCAUAUCAAAAGGUUGAAAGCAUGCAAAAUUUUGUUGUAAAUAUGUCAGUCCACUGCCAGCCUAUUGGAUGGACGAAAACACAUACAUGUACAGUAUAUGAAUUAUUGCACCGUCCUCAAGCAAUCCAAAGUAUAUAUAAAAAAGACAAGUCUUUCAUUGCCUUGAAAGGGUUAACAUUUAAACUAACACUCAGAUUUGAUUCAGAAGAGAAGUGUGCUGUGAAUAGUGUCAUUGUGGUAGUGCAGACUUGUCUGGAAUGACUGCCAUCUAAAAGUCAUGCAUCGGUGAUUCCAUGCUUACGAGCUGGUCAGAUGCGCACCGCCUUUCGGUGUUUCUCAAACACCGGUGUUAAGUUUGUAGCUUGCCAAAAUGCAUGUGCAUCUGAAACAAAGAAGGCAUCGUCUGCUGCCUGGCUGAAGGCCAUAUUAAGAAAGCUGUUGGAGUGUUGAAUUGUGUUUCCAAAGAAAAUCCCGAAUACCUGUCCACUGGGUACACAACGAUAUGUUGACACGUGUGAGCCCUGGAACUGUCUCAGAGGAGUUACAUGUAUACCUUGUGUUUGUGGCGACCAGAUUUGCCCGCUGAAUCUGAAAAUUGCUGCUAGGGAGCUUGUGUAUUGUAACUUUCCAUCGCGGUUUUGCAUGCAACAGGAGCCUGUUUGCCCUACAGAGUGAAUUCCAAAAUGGCCGCCGAUCAACGAGCGGCUCGUAGAACAACAGGUUUCAGUUGUAAACUUAAUGUGUGAGUUGUUGAGCGUCAUAUUUCUGACUUUCGUAGAUUGUCAUUAAGAUCCUGUCAGUUUAGAUUUAAACAUUCUGUCUCAUUUUAACCUUCAGAACUAGCAAAUAACAUUUUGGUAGUAUUGCUUCGAUUGGAGUAAAAAAGUUUUUAGCAGAGUUUAUAAUGGUCAGCUUAAUUCCACUGUCUGGAAUCACCAGCUAUUCUAAUAGGUCAUGAGAAUGUCCAGGAAGAUGUGAAAUUUUAUGAUACGGAGUUUAAAAUUUGUGGGAGUAUAUUUUGCGCUAAUGUCACAUUUUUGGAGAAAAUAUAUCAGCAUCUUUGCUUGAGUUAAAGUUUUAAAUCAUGCAAGAACUUUAUUUCACUCACGAACGUGGUAAAAUUCUUGAAAGUGUGAUUUCAGUCAUUUAUUUGAGACUGCCAGACCCUCACUCGUGAAAUAUCUGCCUGUCAUAGGUAACAUCACAGAAUAUUGAAUAUUUGGUAUUCCAAGCAGCUAAUUUUUUUACAACAAAAGUGAAACACUAGACUAAAAAGAAUCUAAACUAGUUUUGAGUUCCGCUAGUUGAAAUGUGAUUGUGUCAUUUUUUUGUUUAGAUGUCGACCCUGAAUCACAGCUUUGUGCACCUGGUCUGUACAAAAGUACGAGAACUUUUUACAUGUCAGCUUUUUGUUUGCUGUUUUCAGCUUUAAUUUAAAGUGGCCACUCACACCCGUUUCUCGAUGAACUUUCCCCAAGCAAUGGUUAGUUUAUUAUAGAUAUAAAUUGACUGGUGUAAACAAUCUUUGACCUCACAACAGUCUAUUUUUUGUUAACACAAUGAACUGUAUGCAGGAAUAGGAAUAAAGCAUGACAAGAAGUCUGA